AAUUCUUCAGGGUUACAUAUUGUGGUGACUCUAACUCGGUGUUUGAUCUUAUGCAUUUCUAAGAUCUUAAUCAUAGAGAUUAGAGACACCAACUAUUUGAUAAGAUUACCAUUUUAUGUAAUUUCUCUUUUAUGUAUGUCCACAGGGAAGCGAAAACACUUAUGUAUUUAAUCAACUUCAAGUUUGCCCACAAAACACAAAUCUUUUUUUCUUUUUUUUUUGAAUACGAAAAUAGGCUAACAUAUAAACACUUAAGUGUGUCCAAGUGUUUUAUAAGAUUUAAGAAGAAAAAAACAAAUAAAAAAUUGGAGACACAACAAUGAGUUUCUCGGUGGUCUUGUUCCACAAUCCUCACUCUGCAAUAACAAGAACAACCAUCUUCACAAUCUCAUCAUCAUCAUCAUCUUUCAGACCAAGAAGAAAUCUUUCUUCAUCUAAUCGUAUCUUCCCCACCAAUCAACCUAAACCCUUAGUCAAAAAACUUCAAAUCAUCGAAACCCUAGCCGCCAGAGACACAAUCAUAGACUUCGGCAAACACAAGGGCAAAAUGCUUGGUACUUUACCUUCUUCUUAUCUCAAAUGGGUCUCAAAGAAUCUCCGUGCAGGAGAUUCUGAGUAUUGGGCAAAGCUUGCUGAUGAAGUGCUCGAAGACGAUGUUUAUAAAGAUAGGACAGAGUGGGAAGUUGCAGAGAAAAUCCUCCAUGGAAGUGAUGAGAGCAUGAGGGCUUUAACUUCUGUAAAGAAGAGUAGAGAAGAGGUAAACUCUGUUUCGAUGUUGUUGGAGAUAAGUGAGAGAUUUGGUUGGGAUAAUGAAGAUAAGAUUGGUUGGAGCAAAAUCAAUUUCGAGCUUUUGGGGACAAGUAAAGGUGGUCGGAUUCCUAGGUUAAGGAAGAUGAACGAAGAAGAAGAAGAAGAAGAAGAGAGAGGAGAGAUCGUAAGAAGAAGAGAGAUUAAGAAGAAGGAAGAAGAAGAAGAUGAGAAUGGAUGGAGGAGAAGACAGAGGAGAGAAAGGAUGAGACAGAGUCUUGGGAGAGAUGAUGGCAAAACGGUGAAUAGGACUGAGCAGAAGGGUGUUUUGGGAAAGCUAGAAGAAGUAGAGAAGAAACUUGAGCCAAAGAUUCAAAGUCCUUUUCCUGGUCGUGAGAGUCUGUUGAAGAAAGUCAUGAACAGAAGAAGGUCUCAAUGAAAACGUUUCUUUUGAUUGAGUUUAACAUUUCAUUUGGACUUUUUGCACAAUGAGAUUAGAAUUUUAGUGCAAGCUUAUUUCCAUUUUUACAUUUUAA